GAACAGCUUUGGCCGCAUCAAUAUCAAAAGUGCAGACGGUUGCGCUACUGCUACUGUGUCGUAGUAGUGCGGCCAGGAAUCAGGAUCCGUUGAUUUUCCAUCGUAACAUGUCAAAGAUGCGCAUGAAAGCAGUGAGGUGUCCCACGGACGAGCUCAGUCUCUCCAACUGUGCUAUUAUAAACGCCGAUGAUUUCCCUGAUGAUGUCAGGCACAUUGAAGUAACUACAGCACCAAAUUAUCAUUUUGUGUUUACUGUGAGAACGCAUCAUGAGAUUCCACGUGGCACAGUUGGCUUCAGCUUACCUCAACGAAAGUGGGCGACGUUGUCUCUCAAUCAAGAGAUUGAAGUUCGGCCGUACCAUUUUGAUCCUACUUCUAACACGGAAUGUUUAUGCAACAUCGUCUUGGAAGCUGAUUUCCUACAGAAGAAGUUUGUCACUUUGGAGCCAUACAAUACAGACGAAAUGGCCAAGGACUUCUUGCUACAGUUUUCUGGGCAGGCAUUCACCGUGGGUCAGCAGCUGGCAUUUCAAUUUAAGGAUAAGAAACUGCUUGGAUUAGUUGUCAAAAGUUUGGAAGCUGCUGACCUAUCAGCCAUCAGUUCAGGACAAAGUACAGUGCCUAAGAAGACAAAAAUGGGACGUUGCUUGGGCGACACUAUAAUACAAUUUGAGAAGGCGGAGAACUCCAGCCUGAAUCUUGUUGGACAGUCUAAAGGAAAAGCUCUCCGACAGACAAUUAUCAAUCCAGAUUGGGACUUUCAGAAAAUGGGCAUUGGUGGCUUGGAUAAAGAAUUUAGUGCCAUUUUCCGAAGAGCAUUUGCAUCCCGCGUUUUUCCAACGGAGAUUGUCACUCAAUUGGGUUGCAAGCAUGUAAAAGGAAUCUUGCUGUAUGGACCACCUGGCACGGGAAAGACGUUAAUGGCUCGGCAAAUAGGAACGAUGUUAAAUGCAAGGGAGCCGAAAAUUGUAAAUGGUCCACAAAUUUUAGAUAAAUAUGUUGGAGAGAGCGAGGCUAAUAUCAGAAGAUUAUUUGCUGAUGCGGAAGAAGAAGAAAAGAAGCUUGGACCAAACAGCGGACUUCACAUAAUCAUAUUCGAUGAGAUAGAUGCCAUCUGUAAAUCUCGAGGUAGUGUUGCUGGAAACACGGGGGUUCAUGAUACAGUGGUUAAUCAGCUUCUUGCAAAGAUUGACGGUGUCGAACAAUUAAACAACAUUCUUGUUAUUGGUAUGACCAACAGAAGAGAUAUGAUUGAUGAGGCCUUGUUAAGACCUGGCAGAUUAGAGUUACAAAUGGAAAUUAGCUUACCAGACGAACAUGGGCGGUUCCAAAUUCUUAAUAUUCACACAUCCCGAAUGAAAGAUUAUAAAAAAAUAGCGCCUGACGUAGACUUGAAAGAGUUGGCCACUUUAACUAAGAAUUUUAGUGGUGCAGAGUUGGAAGGUUUAGUUAGAGCGGCACAGAGCACCGCCAUGAAUCGACUAAUUAAAGCUUCUAGCAAGGUGGAAGUAGAUCCAUCCGCUAUGGAGAAGCUUAUGGUAACUAAAGGCGAUUUUUUCCAUGCAUUGGAGCAUGAUGUUAAACCGGCAUUUGGUACAAGUGCUGAAGUAUUGAAUCAAUUGUUGACUCGUGGGAUUAUUAAUUGGGGAAGCCCAGUGGCUGAAAUUCUCGCUGAUGGCAGUUUAUGCAUUCAACAAGCUCGAGCGACUGAAGGAUCUGGACUCGUUUCUGUUCUUUUGGAAGGACCACCGAAUAGCGGAAAGACCACUCUUGCUGCACAAAUUGCAAAGAAUUCAGACUUUCCAUUUGUUAAAGUGUGUACACCUGAAGACAUGGUCGGUUUUAUUGAAUCUGCAAAAUGUCUUUCCAUACGGAAGGUAUUCGACGAUGCAUAUCGUUCGCAGCUCAGCUGCAUUUUAGUUGAUAAUAUUGAACGUCUAUUAGAUUACGGCCCAAUUGGACCAAGAUAUUCUAAUCUGACAUUGCAAGCACUUUUGGUGUUAUUGAAGAAAUCGCCGCCGCCUGGUCGUAAAUUAUUGAUUCUGUGCACUUCUAGUCGCAGACAAGUUUUAGAUGAUCUAGAACUACUUUCAGCAUUUAAUACCAUCCUUCAUGUGCCUAAUUUGUCAACCCCUGAUCAUCUGUUGAACGUGCUGGAAGAAGUUGAUCUCUUCUCAAAAAAAGAAAUGGCUUCCUUGCAUGCAAAGGUUAAAGGAAAACGUGUAUUCAUCGGUAUUAAGAAAUUGCUCUGCCUAGUAGAUAUGGCACGUCAAGUGGAACCAAGUUACAGAGUCGCAAAAUUCUUAUCGAAACUGGAAGAAGAAGGCGGUCUAGAGUAAGACGUUAUUCCAUUUCGAGCUGCGUUACUUUUGGUAGUACAGAAAAA